AUGAAUAAUUUAAUAAUUGUUUUUUUAUUUGCUAUUAUUAGUUUUUCAUUAGUAUUUUUAAUAAAUAAAUGUUUUGCUUACAAUAACAAUAACAAUAAUAAUAGCAAUAACAAUAAUAAUAGCAAUAGCAAUAGCAAUAGCAAUAGCAAUAGCAAUAGCAAUAGCAAUGGCAAUAAUAGUAACAUUACCAACACAAAUCAUUAUACCCCAAUUAUUAAUGGCAGCUUCACCAACACACAACCUUCUACUCCAAUCAAGAUAAACAAUAUCACAUGCACACAACAUUCUGCCCCAAUCAACAAUAAUAAUAACAAUAACAAUAACAGUAAUAGCAUAAGUAAUAGCAACUACACCGGUACACAACAUUCAACCCUAAUUAACAUCAACCACACUCAAAAUUCAGCCCCAAUUGACAAUAAUUCAACUCCAAAUGAUUGCCACCAAUACCCACAAAAUCCAACAUCAAGCCAUCAAUCACCACCACAACAAUUUAACAGCCCAAGUGUUUCAUCAAUCAAUACCCAACAAUCUCAAGUUUAUACAAAUUCUUCUCAAAAACGUAAUAUCUCAAAAACACAAAGACAUUCAUCUGUUCCAUCAACAUUUGCAUCAACUAGAAAUCACACAAUCAAGAAGAGAUCAUUAGAAUAUGAUAAUGAAAUUAUUAAGUGUGAUAAAGUAUUUGCCAAAAAACAAAAACUCGAAGAUGAAGAGAGUUUAAGAAGAGAAAAGCAAAUUGCCGAAAUGGAAAGAUUAAGAAAAGAAAAAGAAAGAGAAGAAAGGGUAAAAUUCGAAAGACUCAAAGAAAUUGAAAGAGUCCAAAAAGAAUAUAGAGAAAGGGAAGAAUUAGAAAGAAUCCAAAUAUUAGAAAGAGAAAGACAAAUAAAAGAAGGUCUAGAAAGAAAAAAAUUAGAAAUAAUUCAAAGAGAAAGAGAAUAUAUGGAAAAACAAGAAAGAGAUAGAUUACAAAGGAUCCAAAGAGAUAGAGCAAGAGCAGAAAGAAUUAGAGCAACCGAGCAAAGAGAUAGAGAGAGACAAAGAGAAGAUAGAGAAAGACAAGAAAGGGGAAAGAGCUCAAAGGGAAAACCAAGAAAGGGAAAGAGCUCAAAGGGAAAGAGAAGAAAAUGA